CUCUCACACACACACACACACACACACAUACACUCACUGCUUUUCCCUAGCAGCGUUGCUCUGUCUUUUACUAACGGGACAAGUUUUAACCUACAGGAUCUCAAUGUUGGCUCUCCCUUCCGCCCCCGCAUCCAUGCGAACAUCUCGACUUUGAAACGGAGUGAGGAAGUCUGCGGCUGCUGUUGAAGGAUGAUGAUGAAGAUGAUGGGAGGAGGCCACGGCAGAAGGUGCAGUCCUCGCUAGAACUGGACGUUUUCCCCUAAUCCCCUUCUCUUCCUACCUCUCCUCUCCUCUACUACCUCCCCCCAUCCUCCCUUCUGGUGGGCGCCUCUUCUGCUUCGGCGCGAUGGCCAACCACCUGGAGCUGCUCCAGGAGCUGCAGCAGCUGGACAAGGUUCCCAGUCUGGAGAGGCUUCGGGCGGCCCAAAAACGCCGAACCCAGCAACUGAAGAGAUGGGCCGUCUACGAGAAGGAGAUGCAAAACAAGAAGCGGAAGGCCGACAAGAAGGGCCGUAACACCAACAAUCACCAACACCCGGAGUCGAAGAGACACGUGUCGUUUGCCGCCAGCGUGGCACUUCUGGAGGCAUCGGCAAGGAACGACCCCGAUGAAGUGCGCUACCUGCUGAAGAACAAUGUGAGUCCAGACCUCUGCAACGAAGACGGUCUCACUGCUCUGCAUCAGUGUUGCAUUGACAACUAUGAGGAGAUGGUAAAGAUCCUGCUGGGCCGAGGGGCCAGUGUGAAUGCUCAGGACAACGAGCUGUGGACGCCGCUGCACGCCGCUGCCACCUGUGGCCACGCCGGCCUGGUCAAGAUACUCAUCGCACAUGGUGCAGAUCUGCUGGCAGUCAACUCCGAUGGGAACAUGCCCUAUGACCUUUGUGAGGACGACCCAACACUGGACAUCAUUGAGACGGCCAUGGCUAACAGAGGCAUCACCCAGGAGAUGAUCAAUGAGACCCGGGCGUCGACAGAGAGGAAGAUGCUGGGAGACAUCCAGGAGCUGCUCAGACAGGGAGAGGAGGUCAACCAGCAGGACUCCCAGGGAGCCACACUGCUCCACAUCGCUGCGGCGAACGGCUACGUGCAGGCGGCCGAGCUUCUGCUGGAGGGAGGAGCUCUCAUGGACCUGAGGGAUUCAGAUGGAUGGCAGCCUCUGCACGCUGCAGCCUGCUGGGGUCAGAUGCAUGUAGCAGAGCUGUUGGUUUCGCACGGCGCUAGUCUCAAUGCCAAGACCUUCCUGGAGGAGACACCCAUCGAUCUGUGUGAGGACGAGGAGUUCAGAGCCAUCCUGUUGGACCUGAAACACAAACACGACAUUAUCAUGAAAUCACAGCUCAAACACAAGACCUCGCUGUGCAGGAGAACGUCCAGUGCAGGCAGUCGCGGGAAAGUGGUGCGACGAGCCAGCCUGUCAGACAGACACAACCUUUGUCGUAAAGAGUAUGAGACCGAGGCCAUCGUGUGGAGGGGAGGGAGGGAGGAAGAGGAGGAGAGAGAGAAGGAAUCUGAUCAGGAGAAUAACCAGGUGGUUAAUCAGGUCAAACCAGUAGUAGCUGUAGCAGAGCCAGACAAGCCCAAGCUACCCACCAUCCUCAAAGAUGGCAGCAGCAAACAGAAUGGCCUCAUUUCCACAACAACGUCCACGCCUCCGCAGCCGCCCUCCAAUGGCAACACUCCCUCCUCCGAUAAGGGCUUGGUCAUCACCACUCAGCCCACCGGCGAGGAAGCCUGGCCCAGGGAGCGUGCUCAGACGUUGUCGGAGCUAAAGAAACAGAGGGCCGCUGCCAAGCUGCUGAGCCACCCCUUGUUCAAUGGUCACCUAGGUAACGGAUCCACAGACUCCUUCACUGAUGCCAAAACCAGCCCAGAGGACCCCCGCAUGCCGCUGGUCUCCUCCAACGGCAGUGCAGUUUACUACACACCAGCCAGCGGCGACCCGCCCCUCCUCAAACUGAAGCAGCCGGUGGAGGAGGAGCAGCCGAAGACGCGGACCUGCUGCUGUGUGUCGUAGCGCUGCAGUCACACGACUGUUUGUGGAGCAAGAAGUGAUUGCGCAGAGAGGAGGGAAGCAAGGAAAGGUACUUUAGGAGGGACAGAGGGAAAGAGGGAGAGAGGGAGCGAUGUCCCAGAAUGCUUUAGAGGUGGAUGGAAGCUGAUCUGAAGAAAGCUUGUUCCUGUGCCCAGUGCGUUCACCUGAGCUCUCCCCCCAACUCCUUGGAACAUGUCCCACAGCCCUGUGGCAAUUGUUUGGCAAAAGAAAAAAGGCCCUCAUGGAGCAGGUUUCCUGUCUUUAGCACGUCACGGAUCCUGUGGUCUUGUUGGAGCGGAAGGGAGUAGAAAGUGUAGCAGCUCAACCUUGUAGCUCUUGUUCCUCCCUGCCAUCUAACUCCUGUUAAAACCGGAGACUCGUCCUCCAAAUCCAGGCCAGUGCUAAGGAGAGAAGGGAAAAGAUCACACCAGUGUCUCCACGAGGCAGGCAGAGCGGCUAGAAUAAGAAGGAGAAAACCAGGAGUCUUGUUUCUGGCCCUGCUGUCCCUUCACACAUCUAAAUGAGGACAGUUUACGAGCCUUGCUCCUGGGAAGAGUGCAGAUUUUUGGCAUGAGGAAAAAAAGUAGAUCAUACCCUGAACGUGGUUGAUGUGUUAUGUCCUGUAUUACACAACUUUUCUUUGAGGACAGUCACAUUGUUGUCAAACCACAUUGUUCUGCUUUUACACCGCAUUCUUCUUGUUUGCAAAUGUGCAGCGAGGCCGUCGUAGAGAGGUCAGGCUGUGCUGCGAUGUGUUCAUGUUGUAAGGCGUCAUAUCAGAACCAUAGCAAAACGUAGCAAAACAAAGAGAUGUGUGAAGUCUCUUGUGAAGUAUCCUCCGUGUUGGAAUGCUACCUGCGUGGGUAAAGGGAAGGAACGCCAUAGAACAGUGUUAAACUAUUCAGGAAGUGUACUUUGCAGUGUAGGAUGAUAGGAAGGAAUACAGUACUGCACUAGUGUUUGAAAACUGUAACUUUACUCCUCACUUUGCCGUCCUUCCAUAUCACACACCCAAACUGACAUACAUAUUCCACUUUGUGCUUAACAGUAUAGAUAAUUUAAACCGACAUUGUUGAAAAAUACUGUACUUUUUUGUUCUUUAUUUAUGACAAUAAUGUUAUGUACUGUAUAGAAAUGUUCUGAUUUGUUGAGUGUAUUUAUUAUUUGGAUGAUCUGUGGAGAGUGAAUGCAAUAUAGGAUGAACUGGUGAAUCUUCCAGCAAAGCACCUUUUGAAAUGGAAAUUCAAAUGCUAAUGUUGAGCUGACAAAAAUGAGGUCACUGUCUUGAUUUGUCUGCAGAUAAUUAAAACACACACAAACAACAUCCCAUCCUGCUGGGAUGGAGUGUAUUUGAUUGUGACCCCAACAGUGUUUUUUUUUCUCUUUUUUGUAGCCUUUUUUUGUGGAUUUCUCUUCUUCCAGUCACUGUUCCUGUCCCAUUAACUGUACUUGUAAAUGUUAUGUUCUGUAUGAAGAAGAUAGUGAAAUGUAUUACUGUAAGUAGAGUAAUAUUCUGAAGAUACACAUGGACUGUAUGCUUGAAUACUAACUCAAGCAAAUACGUCAUUAAUCCACACAUGGAUUGUUAUGUAGUGAGCCCGCGCCAUGCCAUGUAUGUCAUGUGUUCUCUGAUACCACUUUGCUCUGACAUUAGAAAUCUAAACAACGCUCAAACACUCCAGCCUAGAAACCAGAUACUAGUAAAUAUACAAAGUAAAGUAAUUUGCUUAAUUCAACUUCUAACAGCUCCUCUAAUAUCCACAUGAGUGCCAAAGAGUCUUCCAUGAUUUAAAAAAAAAAAGUCAAAUAAUAAUAAUGAUAGCAGUAAUAGGUAUGGACAUUUGAAAUGUUUGGGGGAAGGAUUUUCUUAUCCUUUUUAGAGAUUUGUUUGUUCAGGGUGGUGGCUCCCUUCUAACAUGUGAUGAUGCCGCUACCACCUUUUCACCACAGCCCCUGUUGUACAGUGUCAAAUAUUUGUACAGACCAGUUUGUAAAUAUGUUUGUAUCAUUAGCCCUUUAUCUGUUCCCAUCAAUUGCAUUUACAUGUCUGUGUUGUUAAUAUUGUGACAUUAUGCUAUGGUCACUCAUAUAGGAAUAUGAAAUAUAAAUCGCUGCAUCAGUCAACAGUAUUAGUACACCUACAGCUGGGAGGGGGGGCAGGGGAGGGGGACUGUGAGUCUCUAUGGGUCCCUACUUAUUAGACCAAAAGUCUAUAAUCUGUAUGGAAAAUAAAGUACAUCCAGAUGCCAUCGUCAUAUUGUUUUCUCAUGUUGUUGCAGUGACCAGUGUUGGGAUCGAACUGAAUGAUAAAUUCUUGCAAAUUAUGAUUUUAAUGUUGUAUUUCCAUUGGAAGAAAGGGUUUGGCCUGUUUUUUUUGUGUUUUUUUUCCCAACUACAUUUAAGGGAGUGGAAUUUAAUUCAGUCACAGUCAAACAAAUUGUCCCCCCCUCCUUUUUUUUUUUUUUUUUUUUUUUUUUUUUUUUGAGUUUUCAGGGAGUGAUAUCAUUUUGCUUUGGACCAGUUGAGUUUCACUUAAUUCAUUCCAGCUCAUUCAUAUCAAUACAAGAAUUCGAAUUCUCUUUCUGCUCCCUACCUACUAUUGAAUUCAGAUUGAAACUGAAUUGGACUUCACACAUAUUUAAUUCUGAGGCACAACCUGGUCAGCAGUGAUGAACUCAUAUUAGCCAGAAAGGGACAGUCACCUGUUCAAAGUAACCUGUGUUCUGAUGUUAUGUAUCAGGGCUUGUGUAUGACUGCAAGCCUCGUUGUCUACAAGGAUAAGAUUAUUAAGGAAAAAAAAAACUACUGAUUUUGUAAUUAUUGGAAAAUAUUGAUGGUUGCAUUAACAUAUUUUAAAUAAAUUGUAUAUUUUGAGAAUUUA